GACACCAAUCUUAUGUGCUGUCAUCUGACGAAAGAAGACGCCCAAUGCACCGCUUUAUACGACGACAGCUUCGCCAGUUGCGAGAGCAUGUUCCGCAACUCAGCCCCACGUAAAAGUAUCUGGGCAAUCGGAAUCCUUUCUCUGCUUGGUGCCGUGUUCGUGAUUGUGUGGCGCCUGAUCUUUAAAGAGAGAAACGUAGUCCAGCUUAUCAUGUUAAUGCACUUAGCGGUUGGAGAUGGCUUGAUGGGCCUUUACCUGGUCACCUUGGGUGCCAAAGACCUGUUAUGGUCGGGAAGUUACUAUCUGCAUGACUUUCAGUGGCGAUCCGGUUUAUCGUGUCAGGUCACAGGUGCAAUCUCAGUGCUGUCCAGUGAGGUGUCUGUAAUGUUACUGGCGCUCAUCUCUGCCGACAGGCUGAAGAAUAUCGUUUUCCCCUACCGUAGCAGAGGGCUGACUCCCAGGAAAGCUCACAUUCUGUGCGCAAUCAUUUGGGUCCUUGGUUUUGUCAUCGCAUUCCUUCCCCUCAGUGGUAUUGGCUACUUUUAUGACACCCUAAAGCGCCCUGCCUACUACGGAAGAUCCGUGGUGUGCCUCCCUCUGCAACUGUCUAAAAGGUUUCCAGCUGGUUGGGAGUUCUCCAUUGCUAUCUUUGUCGUGUUAAACUUCCUCCUCUUUCUGUUCAUGACGGUAGCUUAUGUCGCAAUCUUCCUUAAAAGUUAUAACUCCAGCCGUCAGCUCGCAAGGGAAGGAACCAGACGGGAGGUGCAGGCAAGAAAGAAGAAUGCAAAUGCCAGAAGGGAGAGAGCAUUGGCCAAAAGAGUCUUCUUCAUCAUCCUCACAGAUUGUGCUUGUUGGAUGCCGAUAAUCGUCAUCGGCAUCAAAUCUUUGGUUGAUAAAGAUUAUAGUCCCCAGGGGGAUAUUCCUGCCUGGAUCGCUGUCUUUGUGCUGCCAAUUAACUCAGCCUUGAAUCCGAUCAUCUACACCUUAUCAACCCCUCAGGUUCAGGGCAUAUUACGACCUAAACUGAAACUUUUAACAAACCGUGUGCGCAGCUUUUUCUCUUGCUGUAAAAAGCAACAAAGUCAACAAGAUUCGGAACAAGGAGACAAUGAAAGGCUGGAAAUGGUGGAAAUGAUACAACUUGUACAAGCAGAUCCAGAGCAAGAUGCAGGCCAAGUCAACGAGGAAGAACAAGUGCCGCAGGCUGAAGCAGCUCAAGAAGAGGAAGCACAAUUGUUGAUGGGUGGAGAAGCAGAGAAAGACCAAGAAGAGGACAACGGUGGAAAUUCCCAAACGGUUUUAGUGGAAGUUCAUCCGUACAAAGGAUCGCGGGUAACUGACAAAAAUGUUGCGUCCCAAGCUGAUGGACAAGAUCAGGAACAAGGAGACAAUGAAAGGCUGGAAAUGGUGGAAAUGGUACAACUUGUAAAAAAAGAUCCAGAGCAAGAUGCAGGCCAAGUCAACGAGGAAGAACAAGUGCCGCAGGCUGAAGCAGCUCAAGAAGAGGAAGCACAAUUGUUGAAUGGGGGAGAAGGUGCUCAUUGA